AUGAAAUUUUUGGAGUUUCCUCCAUAUAACCCAUAUUUGAGCAUCAUUGAAAAUAACUUAACAAUGAUAAAGAGGGAAUUAGUUGAUGUUAAAGACACCAUAGAAACCAAAGAGCAACUGUUCAAAGACAUAUAAACAAUAUUUUAUAAUUCUAAUAACAUAUUUGACACAAUUUAAAAUACCUAUUAAAAUUAUUCAAAAGAGAAUAUAAGAUAAGCUCCAAGAAUGUUAAUAAUCGAAUCAAUGAAAUAAAUAAUGAAGAUUAUUAGUUAUCAAUACAAUGCGUUUUGA